AUGUUGAUAUUCCUUCACAGAUUGAUCGAAUUAGUCCUGGGAACCGCCGUCGAUCCUUCAACCUACCAAGACCUGGAUAAGAGGAAAGUUACGUCCGCACAGCUAAUGUCCAAAGAAGGUCCCUCUUAUACUGAUAUAAACACCGCUGAUAAUCCUAUCGUUUGGGAUAUUCUCCUUGGUGUACAAAGUACUUUGGCCGUAUUGACCAAACUUAGCAAGGCCACCAUUACCAACCAUAUUUCCAAUUAUGGCGAACCCGGUUCAUCUGUUGAAAGGGCCACAUUCGAAAUAUACAAAGAUGGAGCUUUUAAAAGUUCCAAUUACUCGCUUAAUGACUUGUACGUCGGCUACGACGGUGGUCUGACGGAGGACGCCUUCAAAAACUGGUGGUGGCGAGGCAUGAUGGAAGCAGUGAUAGAAGCAUUGGGAAAGACCGCUGUCAACGUCGCAGAAAAAGAUGCCACACCCGAAAACGUCUUACAAAUUCUUACAGGCAGAAAAGCCAAGAAGAUCCCUGGCGCUAAAGCAGACGAUCUAUUCAAAUAUACGAAGAAAGCAAAUUUCACACCUAUAAUUGUAGGAGGCGUUGGGAUGGGAUCAGGGCCUGUUUAUCAGGUUGUGAAGUAUGCAGAAGGUGAUGAAAGAGACACCGCCGUGGUAACGUAUAUGAUGAUUUAUGACAGACAAUGGGUCGAACACUCUGCCACGAUCUGGGAGAUUGCUCAAUGGGGGGUGAAUGAUCUGUAUUUCUUGGAGGAUGAAGGAUCGGUUCCAUAG